AGACCUCAGUGCUGCCGGUAUGAACGUUGUACUACACUGACGGUACAUACCGAAAUUCAGUGUCUCCGGUAAAAAAAUAAUUAAAUAAAAUUUAAAAAAUGAUCAAAAACCAAUUGCUUAAAUAUCUGCAAUAUAGUGAACAAUAAAGAGCACUAUAGCGGGGGUUAACUGUUUAUACACAUUUUUAAUUUGUAUGUGUGUUUCAGAACUUUUUGGUCGGCCCGACAAAACAUUGGAGAGGACGGGCAGGACAGGUUCAGAGCAUGAGGGGAGCAGCUGGGGGGAAAGAGGAGCCAUGGGCCUCCUGGAGCUCCUUUGUCUGCUGCUCUAUGCGGCUGUCGACAAUGCCAGCGGCGAGGUGCUCCCGGUGCUGACGGACCAAAACACAGAGCUUCUAACGAAACCUUUGUUCAGAGGACCAACAGCGGAUGCGAAGGGAGACGAGGUGAAGAAGCUCUGCGGUAUUGAGUGUCAAACAGGCCUACCGCCCUUAAACCCGAGCGACCAAGAGCGGAUUCUGGGAUACGAGACGAUGUACGACAACGGCACGUGCACGCGCACCGAUGUCAGACUGCGGGGUUUGAACACGACAGGACCGGCUCCCUACGUUUCGUUACCGACUCGCAGGAAGCGUCAGGUUUACGGCGCGGACGGUCGCUUCGUGAUCUGCGACUGGCAGUUCAUCACCAGCUACCCUUUCGCCACUGCCGUGCGCCUGUCCACGGGCUGCUCCGGGGUCCUGGUCUCGCCCAAACACGUGCUGACGGCGGCUAACUGCGUCCAUGACGGUCGCUACUACCUGGAGAGCGUCAAAGGCCUAAAAGUAGGAGUGCUACAACUCAAAAAUCAAAGAGGGAGGAGGAGGAGGAGGUGGCAGAGAGCUGCAAGGAAAAGAAAACAGCAAAAAGGAGAGCCUUUGGAGGAUGGAGAGAAGAAUAGAAUUGAUGGAGAACUAGCAAGAGACAGGAAGACGUGGGGGGUGGGAGUUAGACGCCUGAGGAGGCAGCCUGGCUUUCGCUGGAUACGAGUCAAACAAACGCGCAUCCCUCAAGGCUGGAUCCGCUCCGAGAACUCCACCGCCUCCCUGGCCGCAGACUACGACUACGCCCUCCUGGAACUCAGACGAGCCGUCAAACUGAAGAAGUUCAUGGAGAUCGGCGUGGCGCCCCGCACCUUCCUCCCGGCGCGGAUCCAUUUCUCAGGCUACGACCACGACAAAAGCUUGCUGACUACCCUCGGGGGAGAGCAGGUGGUCUACCGCUUUUGCUCGGUGGAGAAGGAGUCUGACGAUUUGAUGUACCAGCAUUGUGAUGCUCGGCCGGGAGCCACCGGGGCGGGGGUUUACGUCCGUCUGAGACGAGAGGACGGACGGGAGGGCGGGAAAGGGAAGUGGCAGCGGCGAGUGAUCGCGGUGUUCUCGGGUCAUCGGUGGGUGGAAGUCGGGGAUGGUGAGCAGAGAGAAUUUAACGUGGCGGUGAGGAUCACUCCUGCCAAAUAUGCGCAAAUGUGCCACUGGAUCCAUGGAGACCCCAGUCACUGCAAGACUCUUUGAACUACAUUUUAUGAAGCUUUAACUUUCAAACUUCUGUCCAACUGCGGUAUUGUGCAAAAGGCUCAGGCCACUAAGGGUGCUUUCACAAUAACAGCUUGCUUUUGUCUGGAC